AUGCUUUCCAACACCGCCAAUACCAACAAGAAAUUAUCGAACAACAUGCGUCGCCGCACCUCCCCCCGCUUGAAGGCCAAGACGCUCAAGCAUACGUUAGACUGUUUGAGCAUCUCCACUCAGACGAAGCAAGCGAAUAGGCUCACCAAGCCUAUGGAGGAGAAGAAGUUGAAGGCUACACAAAAGGUGACCAUCUGUCUCUCCGAGCCUUGGGACCACACCAAGUUGAAGGAGGCCUUGGAAGAAUCAAAAGCCCUUUUCCCGCUGCCCAGUGACUUGGAACUGGACUGCCCUCUGAGAGAGCUCACACAAGAAGAGCGUCGCGACUACUUGGAGACUCUCGAGCGAAGACGUGACGAAAUGACCGCCAACAUUCGCCUGAAGAAUUCGUUGCGUGCCAUGGUCCAACGAUACAACAACCGGAUUGCAAGCUGCCAAUUCUAG